AUGCUUAUUACUGGUUACAUGAAUAACACUUUUCAUUGGUUUCUGAAAGAAAUCGACUUGUUGUUUCAAGAUGCAGAAAUAAAUAAAUAUACGAUGUUUCUGCUCCUAAAGGACCAGGUCAACAUAAUUUUGCCUUUGACAAUAUUGGAAAGAUCUGCUCACUUUGUGGAAAAGAUUUUGAUCGCAUAUGAAAUCUAUGACACCACCUUACCUGUGGUAUUUCAGAUGAUAGCUACUAUGCUAUCCCAAUAUGAAUAUGUUCUUAUAUGUGAUAAGCCCAACAUCCAAGUAUCUAGAUCACCACAUAAAGACCUUGAGCUAGAUCUCUUCUUUAGCUAG